AUGACGACGUCAGGGUUCCCCCCGAGGGAGCCAGGAGGCGCCACUCCGUCUAUAUACAUCGAGUCGUCGAACCACUUCUCGAAUAGACCCCGGCCAUUUGCGUCCGGCUUCUCCCCAGGCUCUAUACCAAUGGGGAUCCCAAAGCGCCCACAGAGGGAGGACGAAAUAGCACCCCCGCCGCUGCCGCCGCCCAGGUUCAUCGGGGAGCCGCCCUCGUUCGCCAACCACAACCGCGACUAUUCUCAGGGCUCGACGUCGAGUUAUGGCAGCUUGGACCAUAGCCCCAAGGCAGAUCGACCUGGGCAUGGCCGAUAUGGCACCAGCAAAACCAUGAGACUGGAUAGGGACGAAGGAUAUCACAGCUUCGAGCCUAGUCUACCGAAACAACCACAAGCAAAGCUCAUGUCCCACGAUCAACUAUACCGACCGACAGGGAACGACUAUGACAGCUCAAUGUUGAAAAGGUUUGAUGCAAAGAGGACGCUUGAAAACCGACCCACUCUCAGUUCUUCGGCAAACGACGUUUUGUCACGAGGGGGCGUAACAGAAAGCCGGCAGCUCCCAUCGCUGUCUUUGCCAAUUCGGUCGACCUCGAAUCUAUUCGUUGAUUCUCCCGGCCACUUGACCGACACGCCCACCCAUUCGGCCAUCUCCCCAAUAAACCCUCCUUUCUACGGUAUGGGCAGCAGCGACUAUCGUUCUCCUAUUGACGCUACGGAUCCCGACAGAUCACCUCCAUUCCGCUCCAAGAGAACAAAUAGCGGCUCCAUGGCGGAUGAUAUCACAGUUUCGACGCAGGGCAGCUACGAUAACAAUGCAGAUGAGAUGGACUUUACCAUGGAGGAUGCUGGAAUGGGUCGGUUGCACCUCGAGGAGGGCUCAAUACGUUCCGAAUAUCAAACAAUUGGUCAGAAGCGCCGGGCUUCAUCGCCUCCCGGAGAUGAGUUGCCGCUGCAAGGCCUGCCUGGCGCCAGCGAGCUGUUGCGCCGCCGCGAGGGUGCCUCCAGAGCUUCACCACAACCAAGGCUCACCAUCCCCCAGAGUUCCUUUUCUUCCAUCUCGUCAAAUGGACGCGGUGGCUCUUAUGCUCCAUCCCUCCCGAUGACAGCUGCCAGUGGCACCAGCAUAGCUUCGUCUUUUGGCCGACGGUCCCCUGGCGGGCUAUCUCCAGGCGGCCUUUCGCCUGUAGAUUCUCCUUUCAAUACGCCAAUCUCACUAACACAGUCUCCACGGUCGUCUGUCAUGCGUACCCCACACCAGCGCCAGGUCAGCGAUUCACGGCCGCUGGCCUCGCCACGGAAAUUGACUGAGCUUCCCAAGGCCAGCAUUUCUCGUAUACAAGGAUUCUACAUGUGUGAAUGCUGCCCAAAGAAGCCCAAGAAGUUCGAGACCGCUGAAGAACUCAAUGCUCACGCAGCUGAGAAACAAUACGAGUGCUCUUUUUGUGGGAACCGUUUCAAAAACAAGAACGAGGCAGAGCGCCACCAAAAUAGUCUGCACGUAAGGCGCCAUAGCUGGUCCUGCUCGGCGCUUCAUGUUGCGGGCUACGACAAAGCAUUCCACGACAGCUCCAAUCGCCCUGGCGAGGCAGACGCCUGCGGUUAUUGUGGAGAAGAAUUCUUGCGCAGCGGUGGUGCUGGCCGCGCUCGUCAUGCUACUGAGCAGGAUUGGGACGACAGAUUACGGCAUCUACAAGAGGUGCACAAGUUCAGGGAGUGCAAUUCCAGCAAGAAGUUCUAUCGUGCAGACCACUUCAGACAACAUCUAAAGCACAGUCAUGCGGGAACAAGCGGGAAAUGGACCAAUAUGCUGGAGACCGCUUGUAUGAUCGAGGAGGAACCGCCGCAGCCACGAUGA